ACGACCGAGCAGUGCCGUCGUGGCCUGUCUCACUGUCUCUCCCCAGCCAAAACUUAGAAGUUGGAAAUGCAAUCCAUAUAGAUAGAGAGAGACGGAAGUGAGAGAGAGAGAGAGAGAGAGAGGGAUUUCUAGAGUGAGAAAGUGAGAGGAGAGAGAAAGGUAGCAGAUCGUCCAUGGCGUCCAUCAAGGAGCGUGAAAAUUUCGUGUACAUCGCCAAGCUUGCUGAACAAGCCGAGCGCUAUGAAGAAAUGGUGGAAGCAAUGAAGAAUGUGGCGAAGCUAAAUGUUGAAUUAACUGUUGAGGAGAGAAACCUUCUUUCAGUUGGGUACAAGAAUAUAGUGGGUGCUCGUAGAGCUUCGUGGAGGAUUCUUUCCUCGAUUGAGCAGAAGGAAGAAGCUAAAGGGAACGACGUGAGUGUCAAGCGGAUAAAGGAGUAUAGGCAGAAGGUGGAAUCUGAGUUGUCUAAAAUCUGCGGUGAUAUCAUGACUGUUAUUGAUGAGCACCUUAUACCCUCGAGCUCUGGUGGGGAACCUAGUGUAUUUUUCUAUAAAAUGAAAGGGGACUAUUAUCGGUAUCUGGCAGAAUUUAUGUCUGGUGAUGAGAGAAAAGAGGUUGCUGAUCUUUCCAUGAAAGCAUAUCAGCUGGCUUCCGCUGCCGCAGAGGCUGAGUUAACACCCACUCAUCCCAUCCGAUUGGGUUUGGCUUUGAACUUCUCUGUCUUUUAUUAUGAAAUUUUGAAUUCUCCUGAAAGGGCCUGUCACCUUGCUAAGCAAGCAUUUGAUGAAGCAAUCUCUGAGUUGGAUAAUCUGAAUGAGGAGUCUUACAAAGACAGCACACUUAUUAUGCAGCUUCUGAGGGACAACCUCACCUUGUGGACUUCUGACAUCCCUGAAGAAGGAGUUGAAGAACAAAAGGUGGACUCUGCCCGAGCUGCUGGAGGUGAAGAUGCAUAGUUAAAUGAAGCAGAUAUUGGUUAGGAAUUUGUGGUGUGCAUACGAGAAGGCUAGUCUCUUGCAACUCUUGAUAGUUUAUCACUAGAAAAUUACCCUAGGGCUUUGUCAAUCUUUCAUGCUAUGCAUGUCUUAUCUGCUACUACUGGAGACAGGAGUUGAGAUUACAUGUUGUUUAAUUUGGUUGUAACUUAGUUUAUUGCUUCAUUUUGACUUCAUCUUUCCAAAAGAAUGCUUGGCUUGGAUUCCUUCAUUAGUUUUAUAGUUUACGUAGAUAAUAUUUAUUUAAAAUUAUGCGAAUCAUUUUAUAUUUAACAUAU